AUGUCUGUGGGCCUGGGGCAGUGCAGGAGUAGUAUAAAAGCAGGUCCUUGUCCUCACUCUCUCAUCCACUCCUCUUGCCUCCAUCUCCUUCAGUACAAGGUGCAUCUGCAGCCCCAAGCCAUGUCCUGCUACACGCCGUGCCGGCCCUGCCAGCCCUGUGGCCCCACCCCGCUGGCCAACAGCUGCAAUGAGCCCUGUGUCAGGCAGUGCCAGGACUCCCAUGUGGUCAUCGAGCCCUCGCCCGUGGUGGUGACCCUGCCCGGGCCCAUCCUCAGCUCCUUCCCACAGAACACCGCCGUGGGAUCCUCCAGCUCUGCUGCUGUUGGCAGCAUCCUCAGCUCUCAGGGAGUGCCCAUCAACUCUGGGGGCUUUGGCCUGUCUGGCUUGGGCAGUGGCCUCUGUGGUAGGAGGUGCUUCCCCUGCUGAAGCUGCUGGGGAUGAUUCCAGGGUGUGAACCUAAGGACUCAGCAGGAUGGUUCUUCACUGGGGAUGGAGGAUCAGCUUGUUGCUUGCUGAGGAGCUGAGCAACCCCAGCAGCCCCUGCAAAAGG